AUGCACACUGCCACCUUGGCCGUUGUGGUCGGAGCCGCCGUACACAGCCUUUUCAAUACCGUCAAGUGCGCCGGGAUUGGCACCAAUCCUGUACAGUGGAGACAACAAUGGGCCGUUGAGGUGGUCAAAAUUGCCAAUGGCAUCGUGCAUCCCAAAGAUUACGCCCGCAUCCAACCCAAGGAGCGUCGCGGCAAUGACGACAACAGCAACCCCACAAUAUUGACCCGCCCGUUUCUCUGUCCACCUUCUGGGUGGAGGUCACCACCACCCCUGCCUUCCCAACCGGAUUUCAUUUGCAACUACAACUCCACAAUGAUAACCGUGCAGAACACGUUGACGGCAUUGGUGUACGCGUUUGAUACCGCUUCGCAGAAACAGCAAGAGGCGGACCGGAUCACGUCAAGUCUCUUUCUGCUUUGCUUGCCUGGCUUGCAACUGGUCAGCGGCGUCGGCACGAUUUGUCUGGAUCAACUCGAGGCACGUCAGUAUGAUUUUGAACAUACGGCUUCCGGGAUGGAUGAUGCGGAAGAAGAUUUCGUCCAUCAGCCGUCGAACGAUAGCUUGUUGCCGGCCUUGACGUACGUGGCGGGAGACCAUCCUCUCAUGACAUCCUUACUAGCGGCUCCGGACGACUGCUUUUGGAUUCCCGUUUUGAAUACCGGUUCGCGCGAUGGCGCGCACUACUUGGGUCGUGGCACCCAAGGCGAGCCUGUCGAAACUAAUCUUGUGUGUUUGGCCACAAAUCCCGACACGGAUGGUUUUGGACAGGCGCAAUCUCAGUUGAGUAUUCAGAAACAUGAUGUGACUGUUUCGGGACUCGAUCGUUACCAUGCUAAGAAGCAUGGUAACUAUGAUGAAUGUGCCCACGGUGCCGUGUAUAACACCGUGGAGAAUAGUGAAACGGACCACGAUGGCGCUUGGCAGAUCGUGGGGCCGAAUGGAAAGUGAACAGAUUAGCUCUUUAGUUUAGAGUUUAUAAAUCUUAACAACGAUUGUGUGAAAACCAUAUUCGUUAGUUCGUAUCUCUUCGUUAGGAGCCAGACGAGUCUUGAUCACCUCGUGCUGUCUUCAGAAGCCAGGAGAUACUUGACCGUUGUCAGAUUAACAGUCUUGAUUUGCUAAUCACUUUGCUCCCGUUUGUUGGGUAUUGCCUGGUUCUGUGACAGAACGGCAAUAAGGCAACCCAUUGGGUAAGACCAGUGGCUUUGUUGUUGUUGUUGUUUCGAUCUGCUGACGAGUCGAUCGGAUAAUUGUUGUCUCGCUUGUCCUUGGUGCACGAGAUACUGUGUUUGUCUCGUUUGUCCUUGGUACACGAGAUACUGUUGUGUGAAUGGCCCGACAGUUGCGUUCGAGAAUCAUUCCUGCUUUGACCAUGGAUCCU